GAUUUCAUGACUCAAAGUAUGGGGCGCUUCGCUCCGCCAAACAGGACAUAAGUUCAGAGUAGAACUAUGAUAAGACAGCCCAAUCUUCUCAAUCUGCUGCGAGAUUUUCUUCACGCUCGCAUUUGUUCUACUACUCUCACCAUGAAAAUAACAUCUUCGCUCAAGCUCUUGCAACUCUUCUUUACCCUGCUUGUUGUCAACGCAUCUUUUAGCAAUGCAAUCGGGAGGCAAAAUCAGAAUGAAACAAUUUACAAUCCUGCCAUACCGGGCUGGCACAGCGAUCCUAGCUGUGUUUUCGUUGCUGAGAAGGACAAUACAACUUUCUGCACCUCGUCUACAUUCCUUCUGACUCCAGGGUUGCCCAUCCACGCUAGUAAGGACCUCAAGAAUUGGAAACUUGCCAGCCACGCCAUAUCUCGGAAAAGUCAACUGCCCGAUUACGAAAAUUCUCUUGCUCAAAGUGACGGCAUCUGGGCUGCCACCAUUAGGUAUCACCAAGGGAAUUUCUACAUCAUUACCAUGUAUCGCAACAACAUUCAGAAUCCACACAAUACUAUCUUGAUAUUCAAAACUACAGACCCUUAUAGCGACAGUGCUUGGAGCGACCCCAUUCGAAAAAUUAGUGACUCCAUUGAUCCUGAUAUUUUUUGGGACCAGGAUGGAACGACAUAUGUCGUUUCGGCUGGGGUCUCUCUUCAAACUAUCGAUCUGAAGACCGGCAAUUUUAGUGAAGCACGCUCCAUUUGGAAUGGGACCACUGGUAUGUUCCUUGAAGGGCCGCAUAUUUACAGAAAGGAUGGAUAUUAUUAUCUUCUUGUUGCGGAGGGCGGUUCGGGCUUGAAUCACUCUGUCACAAUAGCUCGGUCAAAAAGCAUCUACGGUCCAUACGAGAGCAAUCCGGCAAAUCCUGUGUUGACUAACAAGGGCACCGAAGAAUAUUUUCAGAACAUUGGGCACGCUGACUUGUUUCACGACGCCCAAGGUCAGUGGUGGGCGGCAGCGUUGGGCUGGCGCUCAGGCCUCGAAGCUGUUACGUAUCCUAUGGGUCGGGAAACUGUAAUAACUCCAGUCACAUGGAAUGAUGGGGAAUUUCCGAUAUUCACACCUUUACGUGGAGUCCAAAGCGGAUGGAGCGUUUCUGAAUCAAAAGAUGUCCCUGGAGACGGGUCAAUCGUCACUGAUCCUGAUAUUGUCGACUUCGGCAGCAACUCAACAAUUCCACGCCACUUUGGUUACUGGCGCUGGCCAGAUUUGCAGGCUUACAAGGUUUCCCCACCUGAUCAUCCUGGAACUCUUCAACUCAUCCCAUCAACUGCGAGUAUUUCCGCCGGCGCCACUAACCUUACUGCUGGAUUUGACAUCGCAAAUUACACGCUGAUUAUGCGCCUACAGACACAUACGCUUUUUCAAUACAGUGUAGAUAUCUCAUAUGCCCCCGAAGCUAAGGACGAAGAGACUGGCGUAACAGUUUUCCUAAACCAAGUCCAGAAUAUGGUUCUUGGAAUCGUCAUGUUACCUACCAACACAACCGGAAACUCAACCUUAAGAGAUGUUUUGGCUCCUCAUUUCCGUUUCAUGGUCUCUGGACUUGGGAGUCUCGUAAAAGAGCUUCCACCGCCUGUCACUAUUCCAGUCCCAGACUCAUGGCUUCUAGCACCAAUUCGACUGAGCAUUUGUGCUGAGAAUGAUACGUAUUACAAAUUCUAUGCUUCCUCUUCUUCUAGUCCAAAUAACACUCUUAUUGUCGGCCGCGCACCAGGCUCUAUAUUGAGUGGUGGUAUGGGAGAUUUUACUGGUUCUCUUGUGGGAGUAUAUGCGACAAGCAACGGUGGAAAUGGAAGCGCUCCUGCAUACGUUUCUAGAUGGAGAUACCAGGGCAUUGCUCAAGAGGUUGACUUCGGACAGUUCAUUCCUUCGAUUUGAAUAUUAAUUAACAAGCGGACAUGAUUGGAGGGAGUCCAGAGGUCCUAGAAUGACACCCAGGCUCAAAGUGGGAAUUCUUAGAAUGUCGGAGAGAUGUGGAUCAAGUGAAGCUUGAAGAAUACCUAAAUGCGAAAUCUGCUACUGGAGCGAGAGUUGGAGCCACAUGUUCAGAUUAUUUGAACAGGCGUUGUAGGCGAUAGAACUUUCACUAAUCUGUGUUCUGGUUAUUACAACAAUACUUCUCUUUUUUCUUCUAAAAAUACACACGUACAUAAUAUAGAUUUCAAUAUCAAUAGAGAUAUUCUAUGUA